CGCCGCCCAUGCCCGCCCGCCGCCGGCGGCGCCCGACGCCUGCGGAGCCCCGCGCGGUGCCCGCGGAAGGCCGAGGCGGAGCGGCGGGGGGGACGCCGGCCCGGGGGGGCGAUGGCUGCGGGGCUGGUGGCGCUGCUCUGCCUGGCCGCCGCCGCGGCUGCCGUGGAAGAAACCCUGAUGGACACGCGGACGGCGACGGCUGAGCUGGGCUGGACCGCCAACCCACCCUCGGGGUGGGAAGAAGUGAGUGGCUACGACGAGAACCUGAACACCAUCCGGACCUACCAGGUGUGCAACGUCUUCGAGCCCAACCAGAACAACUGGCUCCUCACCACCUUCAUCAACCGGCGGGGCGCCCACCGCAUCUACACCGAGAUGCGCUUCACCGUGCGGGACUGCAGCAGCCUCCCCAACGUCCCCGGCUCCUGCAAGGAGACCUUCAACCUCUACUAUUACGAGACGGACUCGGUCAUUGCCACCAAGAAGUCCGCCUUCUGGACGGAGGCACCCUACCUCAAAGUGGACACCAUUGCUGCUGACGAGAGCUUCUCCCAGGUGGACUUUGGUGGCAGGUUGAUGAAGGUGAACACCGAAGUGAGAAGUUUCGGGCCCUUGACCCGCAAUGGCUUUUACCUGGCUUUCCAGGACUACGGGGCUUGCAUGUCUCUGCUCUCCGUCAGGGUCUUCUUCAAGAAGUGCCCGAGCGUGGUGCAGAACUUCGCGAUCUUCCCCGAGACGAUGACGGGGGCGGAGAGCACCUCUCUGGUGACUGCCCGCGGCACCUGCAUCCCCAACGCCGAGGAGGUGGACGUGCCCAUCAAACUGUACUGCAACGGGGACGGGGAGUGGAUGGUCCCCAUAGGGCGCUGCACCUGCAAGGCCGGCUAUGAGCCGGAGAACAACGUGGCCUGCAAAGCCUGCCCAGCCGGGACCUUCAAGGCCAGCCAGGGUGCGGGGCUGUGCGCCCCGUGUCCCCCCAACAGCCGCUCCAGCGCCGAGGCGUCGCCGCUCUGCGCCUGCCGCAAUGGCUACUACCGGGCAGACCUGGACCCACCGGCGGCAGCCUGCACCAGCGUCCCCUCUGGCCCCCGCAACGUCAUCUCCAUCGUCAACGAGACCUCCAUCAUCCUGGAGUGGAACCCGCCGCGGGAGACGGGGGGCCGGGACGAUGUCACCUACAACAUCGUCUGCAAGAAGUGCCGCUCGGACCGGCGCGCCUGCUCCCGCUGCGACGACAACGUGGAGUUCGUGCCCCGGCAGCUGGGGCUGACGGAGACCCGCGUCUUCAUCAGCAGCCUCUGGGCGCACACGCCGUACACCUUCGAGAUCCAGGCGGUCAAUGGGGUGUCCAACAAGAGCCCCUUCCCGCCCCAGCACGUCUCCGUGAACAUCACCACCAACCAAGCCGCACCCUCCACCGUCCCCAUCAUGCACCAGGUGAGUGCCACCAUGAGGAGCAUCACGCUGUCCUGGCCGCAGCCCGAGCAGCCCAACGGCAUCAUCCUGGACUACGAGCUGCGCUACUACGAGAAGGUGAGCCGCAUCUGCACGCCCGACGUCAGCAACGCCGUGGGCUCAAGGCCAGCAACGGACCACAACGAGUACAACUCCUCCAUGGCCCGCAGCCAGACCAACACGGCCAGGAUCGAGGGGCUGCGCCCCGGCAUGGUCUACGUGGUGCAGGUGCGAGCGCGGACGGUGGCUGGCUACGGGAAGUACAGCGGGAAGAUGUGCUUCCAGACACUGACUGAUGAUGACUACAAAUCCGAGCUGAGGGAGCAGCUGCCGUUGAUCGCGGGGUCUGCAGCGGCUGGGGUGGUCUUCAUCGUCUCGUUGGUGGCCAUCUCCAUAGUCUGCAGCAGGAAGCGUGCGUACAGCAAGGAGGCCGUGUACAGCGAUAAGUUACAGCACUACAGCACCGGGCGAGGGUCUCCAGGGAUGAAAAUCUACAUCGACCCCUUCACUUAUGAGGACCCCAACGAGGCAGUCCGUGAGUUUGCCAAGGAGAUCGACGUCUCCUUUGUGAAGAUCGAAGAGGUCAUUGGAGCAGGGGAGUUUGGAGAAGUGUAUAAAGGCCGCCUGAAGCUACCUGGCAAGCGGGAGAUCUACGUGGCCAUCAAAACGCUCAAAGCUGGCUACUCGGAGAAGCAGCGCCGGGAUUUCCUGAGCGAGGCCAGCAUCAUGGGGCAGUUUGAUCACCCCAACAUCAUCCGGCUGGAAGGGGUGGUGACCAAGAGCCGACCUGUCAUGAUCAUCACUGAGUUCAUGGAGAAUGGGGCCCUGGACUCCUUCCUACGGCAAAACGACGGGCAGUUCACGGUGAUCCAGCUGGUGGGGAUGCUCAGAGGAAUUGCAGCUGGGAUGAAGUACCUUGCAGAGAUGAACUAUGUCCACCGAGAUCUGGCAGCCAGGAACAUCCUGGUCAACAGCAACCUAGUGUGCAAAGUGUCAGACUUCGGGCUCUCGCGCUACCUGCAAGACGACACGUCCGACCCCACCUACACCAGCUCCUUGGGUGGGAAGAUCCCCGUGCGGUGGACGGCCCCGGAGGCCAUCGCCUACCGCAAGUUCACAUCGGCCAGCGACGUCUGGAGCUACGGCAUCGUCAUGUGGGAGGUGAUGUCGUUCGGGGAGAGGCCCUACUGGGACAUGUCCAACCAAGAUGUCAUCAACGCCAUCGAGCAGGACUACCGGCUCCCGCCGCCCAUGGACUGCCCGGCCGCCUUGCACCAGCUGAUGCUGGACUGCUGGCAGAAGGACCGCAACACCCGGCCUCGCUUCACAGAGAUCGUCAACACCCUCGACAAAAUGAUCCGCAACCCGGCAAGCCUCAAAACUGUGGCUACCAUCACCGCUGUGCCUUCUCAGCCCCUCCUCGACCGCUCCAUCCCCGAUUUCACUGCCUUUACCUCAGUAGAAGACUGGCUGAGCGCCGUCAAGAUGAGCCAGUACAGAGACAACUUCCUGAGCGCUGGCUUCACCUCCCUCCAGCUGGUCGCCCAGAUGACAUCUGAAGACCUCCUGAGAAUAGGGGUGACUCUGGCUGGGCACCAGAAGAAGAUCCUGAACAGCGUCCAGUCCAUGCGAGUGCAGAUGAGUCAGUCUCCGACCUCGAUGGCGUGACGUCCCUCGCUCGACGGGGAGGGGACGGGGAGGGCAGGCGGCGGAGGCGGGAGGGGAGGAGCUGACGGAGCCGCGGUGCGACGGUCGGAGAGGGGCGGCCGCAGCUGGGGGCUGCGCCUGCCGGCGAAGGAUGCUCCUGGGACUGGCCUUGGCCUGGUGACUCCCGUUCCUCGCCUACAGAAGCACACUUACCGAUGUCACGGGGAAUGGCAUAUAAAUAAGUAUAAAUAUGUACAAAUAGUAUAUUUAAAAAUGACAAAAAGACAAAACCACACACAAAAAAAAAAAAAACACAACCAACCGACAAUGAAGACAAACCAAUGUACGUUGGGGAAACGAACCCAAAUCCUAGAGACCAGACUCCACUCCCACCGCCAGUGAGCAGGAGUCAAAACUGAGGCGGAGGAAGGGGCUGUUGGGGAAGGGAGAGGCACCAGAUUGAGUUCCCCGACUGGAGAAGCCACCGGCAGCGACCGCCUUCCUUCCUUUCUGCUUCCUUUGCUCUUCCUCCCUGCCCCGGCCCCUCCUGCUGCCCCCGCUCCCUUCUGUGCUCACGGCCUGGUGGAGCUCCUCGGCAGCCUCCGCAGCUGCCCCCGUCGUGUCCAGGUGUCGCUCUGCCAACUACCAAAGGACUUCGCUGACCGCUGCAAGGGGGGGGAUCCGACUCAGUCCAGUUAAUGUCUUCAUAUUGAAGAAGAGAUGUACCUUCAAUAGAAAAACCUUGGUUUUUUUCUUUUGCUUGCAUUUUUUUGCAAAAAGGAAAAACAACAACAACAACAACAAAAAAAAUCCAUCAUGGAAAAUGGAAAGAGGUGUUCCCGUGUGUGUGUGUGUGCGUGUGCGCGCGUGUACUUUGUCAACCUACCGUGGACUCGCUGCUUGUCCGUGCUCGGAGGUCGCCACCCACCCGAAGGCAGUGGGCGGCCAGGUCCCAGGCCUGGAGCCGUGCCUGGAGCCGGCAGAGGCCCCAGCGAGGCCGGCGCUCAGCGUGGCGCAGGUGGGACCAGGACGAGGAGGAUGCGAGGGGCCAGCGGGGACAGGACUGGAGGAGCCGCAGCGCGUGGGUACUGGGUUGUGGAGGAGGAGGAGGAGGAGGAGGAGGAAAGAUGCUCUGGGGAAGAGACUGAUGAGGCCUCCAGAGCCUCGGGGAUCUGCAGAAGAUGGCUACGGAGAACUUUAUUUCCCCCAUCUUGUGGACCUAAGGAUUUUGAUAUUGGGUUACAGACUUGGGUUUCAUGGCUUCAGAGGGGUACGGAUGCACCGGCAGCGCCGCCUCUCCCGCACCCUCCGCCACCCACGGGAUGAGCUGGGAUGUCUCCGGAGCCCCGAGCCGGGCUGUGGGAGCCUCCGCCGCCGCAGCAUGCCCCGUGCCGGCCGGCAGCGCCCCGUCCUGUACAUAACAGUGAGGUGUCCGUAAAAGGUUUUCACCCGUUGUAAUUUUUUUUUUUUUUUAAUUAUCAUUUUUUAUUUCUUAUUUUUUUGCCCCCUCCCCCAGUUUGUCGAUUGUGUUGAACUUGUCGGAGUUUGUAACGGUAACUUUCAGAGAAUAUUGUACUAAAGAGAGAAUUGCACUCAAUAAAAAUAAUGAAAUAA